CAAAAUGCUCGACCUUUACAUGUGAGUUGUCAUCUUUAUGGCGGAGUUCUGUUCUUGGAAAUCACUGAAGGAUAGAAGUAAUGGAAGAACGGACACAGACGUUGAAAAGAUGUUUCAAUGGAAUUUCGACUUCUUCCUUGAAUGAAAGAAAGCACUUGAUAUUAACUAUUUUGGUGCCCUGUAUUCAGCAUGAAGAUCUCUCAGAGGCUCAGUUGAAAGGUGUUGCAAAAAUUUUGACAAUAACAGUUUUUAGAUACAGUGACCACACAUCAGAAAAGCUUGUGAUACAUGCUUUGAAAGUACUCAUAUCAACACAUGGAUCAAGAGCUGCUAAACCAGUUAUAAGUGAACUUGCAGGCCUGGCAGGACAGGUAAACAAAACUGGGUUCAGCAAACCACUAGCAAAAGUUGCAUUGCAUUUACUUCACUGGUGCAGAAUAAUUUUUGAAAUUCUCAACAAAAGCUUAGAUCAGGAUGAUUUAACACCUUUAAUUCAAGCAAAAAUUUUGUUGACCAGUAGGCUGUUCUCAUCAGAAAGCAAAACAUUAGCUAAAAAGGGAUUUAAAGUGCUAUCAAAAUUGUGGGGAAAAUUUCCAGAAAUUCUAGAGAAGUCAUUGGAGAAAGCUGUUGUAUUGAAUCAGCCAGAAUCAUUGUGUUUUUCCGCUAUCUGCUUUGAAUAUUUGUCUGAAAAGAAAGAACUGAACAAGAUUGAUGACAAGAAGGGUUUGCUGUUAGAUGCAUAUUUGGACCAGUUUAUCAUCUGCAAAGUUUCUCCCCAACUUGAGUUUAUGCGUGGAAUUAAAUAUCUACUAAAGCAUGUUGGACAUGAUGAAUUUAAAAAGUCAAUUCUACCCUCGAUUAAAAAGGCAAUGCUUAGAAAUCCCGAAACAGUCCUUGAUUCAAUCAGCUGCUUGCUUUCUCAUCUGACCAUCGACCUAUCACAAUAUGCUGAAGAUAUUGGAAAAUCCUUAUCGGCCCAUUUGAUUGGACAACAGGAUGAACUAAGAGCCACUGCCGUAGCCGCAUUUGGUAACGUUGCUAAGCAAUGUAGUGAUCCGGAUGCGGUUUGCAAGCUGAUAGAUGUCCUCACUGGAGUGUUAUACGGCUCCGAGGGAAAGCUUACUAAAUUCGAACAAAGAUGUGAUGUUAUUGCAGCUCUUGUUGCAAUCAAUUGCAAUGCUGUCAGUGGAAAAUCUGCGAAACAACGAUUAGCAACCCUUGUGUACGACAAAAUGAUGAAAUUCAUUGAACAAGAAGGACACGAAGGGACUUUAUGCAGUGCCUUGAAAAUGUUGCAACUCUGGGCCAAUCAAAUUUCUAGCGAAAUUCCUGAAAAUUUUCCCGAGAUUCUCAAGCGUGGCUUAACUGCAAAAAACUCCACAACUUUGGUUAGGACAUUUUAUUUGCAGUUUGCUUCCUGCAUGUAUAAAGGAAACACUCUUUCUGGAGCUAUACCUUUGAUGGACACAUUUGUUCAGCACUUCGAAAAAGAUGGUGGCCAAUCAGCACUUGCGCCUGCAGUUACUGAAGCCCUGAGCGCCGCUGUGAACCUUGCAAAUGUUGCAACAUUAGAUGAUGUUUCCAAAUCUUCAAAACUUCAGUCAUUUUGGUUGCUAGUCUUAAAUGAAGAGAAAUGCAGCUUUACAUCUGAGAAGUUUAUAACUUCGGCUUCUGAACUUGCCCUGGAACAGCUAAUUAUGUUUAUCACCAUUCUGUUUACAAGUCAUUCCAAUCAAUUAAAUGAGAAAACAUCAAGGCCUUGGUAUCGUGCGUUGGUCCUCAUUUUGCUGCACAGUGCGUGGAAGACAAGAGCUGCGGGUAAAAAGGUUUUGAAGACAGUAUUAGAGUCAGCACAUUCAGAGCCUGCAAAUGUGCAAAUGGCUAUACUAGAAGAGUUUCACACUGUGCUAGCGAGUUACAAGCCGGCAAUGGAAAUAGAAAACUCCACUGAAAGCUCUUCAUUGAAUUCGAAGCUUCUCAUGGAGGCUUUGAAGAGCAUUGUUUUUACGUUGAAUUCACCAACUGAUGAAGAGAAAGAAAAUAUCUGCCUCCGGGUUUUACUCGACGCAUGUCACCCGGCUCUCGUUCAACGGGAUCCAAAUCUUUGGAGGAAGUUUUUGCUCAAAUUUAAUAUUGAUCCUCUGGAGUUUGUUAAGAAAUAUAAAGAUGAUUUGUUUUCAAUGGUAGAAGGGGAGAAUUUAAUAUCUGAGGCCCAAAAGUCAGCACUGGCCACUGUUUUGAAGUGUGCUCCGGAAGCCCUAGUGACCGAAAUCGUAGACAAGUGCAUGAAAGGCUUUGGGAAUCCAGCUUUGACUUCCGUUACUCAGACUGAAUAUGAAAUCAUGCAGACACCAGAUGGAGAGCUGUAUGAUAAAACGAUUAUAGAAAGCGCCAAGUCGGUUGUCGAGAGCAAAAAUGUCAAAAGGGAGUCAAAGGCUUAUUCGUUCAAAGAACAGAAGUUGGAUUUGGAACUCAAAGAGGAACUCAAGAAGAAAAAGAGUGGUAGCAAGACAGAAGAAAUGCCAAAGCUUUCAAAGAAGCAACAAGAAAUGCUUGAUGAUCAACGCAAGAAUGAAAAGGAAAUAAGAGACAGGCUUAAAAAGGUCCAGGAUGUUUUUAUGAAAUUCGUUACAAUGAUGAAAGUUUCCACAAAAGUCAUUCCACAUCAAAUCGCAAAGCAUUGUACUGAAAUUUCAAAAUGCCUUAUUGCUCUUAUGUGUUCACCCCUUGCUGCUGCCAGUGUUGUUUCCCUCUUCCUCGACCUGGGAAGAUGUGUAUUUGUUGGAGAAUACAAGCACCUUGGUGAUCUGAUUGCCUACGUAACUGUUCGCCAACUGCAGCCGUCAUGUGAAAUAGACGAAAACUGGUGCGUAGAGGACCUUCAUAAGGAAACUACCCGUGCAGUUGAGAUCCUGCUCUCCUUCGUGACGACAAGAAAUGUUCCUCUAGUCAUGACGUAUACAGAGAAGAAACCGUUUUCUUCAUCAGCGUUCUCCUACUGUCUUCCUUUGAUUCGAGCAGUCUUGAAAGAAAGAGGGGUACAUGUGAAAGGGGACGAAAAGACAAGGCUUGACGUGUUGCAGUUUAUGGCACUUCACAGCAAGGACAAAAUCAACAAAGAAGAUAUGGAUGAUGAAAAUGCCGCUUUACAUUUCAAAGAAAGCGCAAUGCUCCUUCCACGGAAAGAAAUGCUGUCUAUUUUGUCUGCUGUUAUUUUGGAUGCAGAAGGGUACAACAAGGAGGCCAAAAUCCAGCGUGUAGCAGCGCAAACACUGGUUGAGGUGUGCAAAUCUGGGAGUGGCACAGAUGGGUAUGACCAAGCUGAUGUCGAGAUCUUGCACUUACUGUCGCGAAAUCUUAUGUCUGCAUCUGCCACGUUGCGUCAUUCCUCAUUGGAAGGUCUUCAUAGUUUAAUUGAAGUGUUUCCACAAGAGGGAACCGAAGACAGGGAAUCACUGGCAAGCAAAGUAUUGCUGGCAAAGUUUGAUGUUGAGGAGAAGACACGAGAACUUGCUGAAAUAAUCUGGGAUGAAGCUGCACUUAGCAUUUCUCCGAACGUAUCAACCGAGCUUCUACGUGACAUAGUUAUCCCACUAGAUAAUGUUCGAGUUGCUGGAAGCUCGGCUUUGGCAGCUGCAAUAGAAACGUACCCAGACAUGGCGCCUAUAAUAAGAGACCAACUGAUUGAAAUGUACGAAGAAAACAACAAGAUUCCUCCACCAGUGUUUGACAAUCUUGGUCGAAUUUCAUCGGCCCCUUUUGUUGACAAAUGGGAAGCUAGAGCCGGCAUUGCUAUGUCACUUGAGAAGAUUGCUUCUUUCAUCCCAUCUGAAGAGAUCGCAGAGCUUUUCAAAUUCUUUGUUCCUGGUGCUCUUGGUGACAGGAAUGAAAUAGUCAGAAAGCAGAUGCUUGAUGCGGCAAUGGCUGCCAUCAAUUCUCAUGGAAAGGAGAAUAUUAAUGAACUGCUGAAGAUCUUCGACGAAUUUCUCGCCACGGCUGGCCAGACGUCAUCACACGACAUAAUAAGACAAUCAGUCAUAAUUCUUAUGGGGUCCCUUGCAAAGCAUCUUGAUAAAACAGACCCAAAGAUUCGACCAAUCGUGGCAAAGCUCAUGGAUUCCUUGUCAACUCCUUCUCAACAGGUACAAGAGGCUGUAGCUAGCUGCCUUGCUCCCUUGUGUUCAGCGAUCAAAGAUGAUGCUCCUUCACACAUUAAGAGACUCUUAGACACGCUCAUGAAUGCAGAGAAAUAUGGAGAGCGGCGUGGCGGUGCCUAUGGCCUAGCUGGGAUGGUCAAAGGGCUUGGCAUUCUCUCCUUGAAGCAGCACGAUAUCAUUGGAACCCUUACGACUUCCAUUCAGGACAAGAAGAACUAUAAACACAGGGAAGGGGCACUGUUUGCAUUUGAAACUUUUUGCAACAUGCUGGGACGGUUAUUUGAACCAUAUGUUGUUCAGCUACUGCCUCAUCUUUUGCUCUGCUUCGGCGAUGGUAAUCAGUAUGUUAGAGAGGCCGCUGAUGAAACUGCUAAAGCCGUUAUGAAGAAUCUUAGUGCUCACGGGGUGAAACUUGUCUUGCCCUCGCUUCUUAAAGCAUUGGAAGAAGAUUCUUGGAGAACCAAAACUGGCAGCAUUGAGCUACUUGGAGCAAUGGCCUAUUGCGCACCGAAGCAGCUUUCUUCGUGUCUUCCCAACGUAGUACCGAAACUCACAGAGGUGCUUGCGGAUUCCCAUGUCAAAGUUCAAAAGGCUGGUCAGCAAGCAUUGAAGCAGAUUGGAUCGGUGGUUAGAAACCCUGAAAUUCAAGAAAUCUCGCCAAUAAUUCUGGCAGCAUUGGCAGACCCAGGUCAAAAUACUGUACCGUGCUUGCAAGCUCUGCUAAACACGUCAUUUGUGCACUUCAUCGAUGCGCCUUCUUUGGCAUUGAUAAUGCCAAUACUUGAGAAGGCAAAUAUCCAAAGAUCAACAGAAACAAAGAAGAUGUCUGCGCAGAUCAUCGGGAAUAUGUACGCGCUAACAGAUCAGAAGGAUCUUGCACCGUACCUCCCUGCUGUUAUUCCUGGUUUGAAGAAGUCAUUGCUAGAUCCAUCACCUGAGGUUAGAGCUGUGUCCGCACGUGCUCUCGGUGCGAUGGUCAAAGGCAUGGGUGAGGAAUCAUUCAGUGACUUGUUGCCAUGGCUAUUGGAAACGUUGACGUCAGAACAGAGCAGCGUUGAUCGUUCUGGUGCUGCGCAAGGAUUGGCUGAGGUUUUACAUGGCCUGGGCACUGAACGGCUAGAGAAGUUGAUGCCUGACGUCAUCAAAACUACAUCUAAGGAGGAUCUUGCUCCCCAUGUCAGAGAGGGAUACCUUAUGCUCUAUAUCUAUUUGCCAGCUACGUUUGGUGACGACUUUGCCAAAUAUGUCGGCCCAAUUGUGCCAUCACUGCUUAAGGGUCUUUCUGAUGAGUCAGAAUUCGUUCGCACUACUUCGUUGAAAGCCGGACAAAGGAUCAUUACUGCUUAUGCAGACACAGCACUCAGCCUGUUUUUACCAGAACUAGAAAAAGGUUUAUUUGAUGACAACUGGAGAAUUCGAUACAGUUCAAUCCAACUGCUUGGUGAUUUGUUAUUCAGAGUCACGGGCGUUUCUGGAAAGAUGACAACUCAUGGAGACGAGGACGACAACUUUGGGACAUCACAUUCAACCAAGGCCAUUAUUGAGCUACUUGGACUGGAGCGUCGUAACCGAGUUCUUGCUGGCCUGUACAUGGGUAGGUCUGACAUUGCAGUGUCCGUCAGGCAAGCCUCUCUUCACGUGUGGAAAGUUGUUGUACACAACACUGCGAAAACUCUUAAGGAAAUACUGCCUACUUUGUUUUCGCUGCUGUUGGGAUGCCUAGCAAGUGACAGUUACGAUAAAAGACAGACUGCAGGAAGAACACUGGGGGAUAUCGUUCGCAAACUUGGUGAAAGAGUGUUGCCUGAAAUCAUUCCAAUUCUAGAGAAGGGACUUGACAGUGACCGCAAUGAUGAAAGACAAGGAGUUUGCAUCGGUAUAAGUGAAAUUGUCAAAUCUACAAGCCGGGAUAUGAUUGUCAUGUUUGAAGACUCUCUAGUGCUUACUGUCAGGAGAGCCUUAUUAGACCCGUUGCCUGAUGUCCGCGAGGCAGCCGCUGAUGCCUUCGACAAACUGCACGAUACGAUUGCCCAGAAGGCAUUAGAUGGCACUUUGCCAUAUGUACUGCAGAAACUGAAUGAGGAUGAAUUUGCUGAAAGAGCUUUGGAUGGCCUACGAAACGUGAUGGCAGUGAAAAGCAGAGUUGUAUUGCCCUUUCUCGUUCCCAAGCUCACUACGCCCCCGGUCAACACACGAGCAUUGGCUAUCUUGUCGACUGUUGCCGGAGAUUCGUUAACCCGCCACCUCAGUAAGAUUAUCCCAGCCAUGUUCCAAGCUAUUGACAAAAGCAAAGAUGCGGAACAGCAAGAACAGGCUAUCGAAGGCACCAAGGCAUUGAUACUUUCUGUCGAGAGCAACACUGGCAUAACAAGCAUUGUAGACGAAUUUAUCGACUCUUCAAGACAUAAUUCUCCUGGAGUUCGUAAGGCAUCAGCCAUAAUCAUCAAAGCGUUCUGCUCUGGUUGCAAAGCGGAUUACAGUAACUACGUGCAGCAGUUGCUCAAGGUGAUACUUCAGUUGAUGAACGAUGCUGACCAGGGUGUUUACACUGAGGCAUGGGGAGCACUUGAUGCUUUGAUCAAGAGGCUAGAUCCAGCAGAACAGAUGCAGCACAUUGGCAAUUUAAGAACAGCUAUCCAGUAUGCAGCAGAAGAUGCGAGGGAGGGGGUAAUCCCUGGUUUCUGCAUCGUUGGAAAGGGAAUCAAUGCUAUUUACCCAGUAUAUAAGGAGGGAAUAUUAAACGGUGGUCCAGAACUGAAAGAACAAACAGCCAAACUCCUGGGAGAAGUGGUGGUGCUUACAACUCCAGAGGCACUGAAGACAGCAUUGCUAAAUGUAACAGGGCCCCUCAUUCGUAUCUUUGGCGAUCGUUUUAACUGGAAUGUGAAAGUCGCGAUAUUAAAUACACUGGCAUUGUUACUUAAGAAGGUUGGAAUCAUGCUAAAGCCCUUCCUGCCGCAGCUACAGACAACCUUCAUAAAAGCUUUGAAUGACAAGACGUUGGCCGUGAGGGACAAAGCUGGUGACGCUCUGACAUUCUUAACUGCUCUUCACACGAAAGUUGAUUCCCUGUUUACUGAGUUGCGAAAUAGCAUCAAAAACAAUGAAGACACAGCUAUAAGAGAGAGUGUUUUAAAAGCACUGCGAUCUGUGACGUUGAUAGCUGGGAGCAAAAUGAGCGAAGCAAUCCGGGGCAGUUUAGUAGCCACUCUCGUCCCCCUUCUUGCCUCAACCGAGGAUGACGUCAGAGUUGGAGCUGGUGGCGUGGUAGGCGCAUUGUGCAUUGCUUUGUCGACCUUCGAAUUAAAGGAUCUUCUGAAUGACGAGCUACUUGAUGCCAAUGAAUCUUUAGACUGGACUUUGCGUCACGGUCGAACUGUGGCACUAUCAUACGCCAUAUUUGAUGCACCCGAAAAGCUGGAUGAAACUGCUGGAAAUGAUCUCAUCGCCAAAACUGUCUUAAAACAAGCAAGUGCUGACAGGAUUCCAAUUUCAAUAUACGGUGUACACUCACUCGGUCAUUUGAUGAUUUCGAAUGCUCUCUGCAAGCAGGCAAUUCCAUCUAUUGUUCUUGAAACAAUGAAAAAGUCUUUGCAACAAUCUUCCAAUGAUGUACGCCUUGCAGCCGUUAAGACCAUUGACUACGUUGCACGUAAGAUGCCAAGUGUGAUAGAAUCAAAUGUUCUGAAAGCGUUGCUGCCAGAAUUGGUAUCGUGCUGCAAGGACCGCAAUACCUCAAUCAAAGCAAUGUCCGAAUUUGCCUUGAUUUCGUUUCUGUCACUUCGAGAUAGCGAUCAAAAAUUCGAGGAUUCGCUUGAAAUUCUACCGCAUGACGUCAGCGAGCGACUUGGAGAGCUGCGUCGAAUCACUCUAAAUAAACUUUUGCAGUCAUGUGAAACAAGAGAAGACUACCCAUUUGAGGCUCCAAAAGGACAAAAUUGAUAUUUUAUAGAUUCAUCGAUAAAUAUUUGAAAUGUUGAAGGGUAUAUGAUUC